UACUUAUAGUUGUAAUUUUAUGAAUAAAACUUGUUUUCAGAAAAACGAAACAGUAAACUUUGCUGAUUGGAUGGGUCUUCGAAAAACUGAUCAAAUUUGGGGCGCAUUAUUACGGUAUAUAGCGCCGUACAUUGUAUAUAUGAUCGUUACUACAUUGCAUGCUGUAGUCAAACUACGUGAUCAUUUGAUACGAUUUUCGAUGGGUGAGAUUAGAGACCGCACAACUAUUUUUCCUAAAACAUCUCGUCAAGACGCAGAGCGUAAUUUUUCUGGAUUAUUAAAAUAUCUAUUAAACUAUGGAUACUUCAAGUUUGGAUGCGAAAUAACUCUAAUCGCGCUGGUCUCAACUAUUGUGCAUAGACGUGAUAUACUUUCAGUAACAUACGCCCUUUGGCUUAUACUUCUACUCUGUCUCACACGUCUGCAGUGUGCACGGAUAUGGUAUAUGUUGCAGCUUUAUUUUGUACUUUCAAUAUUUGUACAAUAUGUGUAUUUAAUACAUUUUCCACCGAAUCUAUGUCACGUUUCAAUUAAUGAAUCGCAGCAUAUCAGAAAUAAUUCGACUUUUGAGAGACUCUUAGAUGAUUCCAUAAAAUCAAAACUUAUGCUUGAUUUCAUUGUACUUUUACUUAUAGCGCGUCAACGUAAGGCAUUUAAAGUAGAAAUUCGCCAAGAUAACCAUUUGAUAUAUCCGAGCGGUGAUAACAGAAACAUUGUACACAACAUUGCUAAGCUGGGCCAUGUUUACUUUAGAAAUCCUACGCAUGAUUUUUGCUCUUUUGUGCGUAACUAUUCAGAUGUAUUUAAGACUCUUAUAUUCUGUAGCUUUCUCUGGGUUACACUAGCUGUUGUAUUUAUGGGUGGUGUUUGCAGUAUGGAUAUGUUGUCAUUAGGCUAUUUGAUAUUUGCUUUAGUAUUUAUGCUUCAAGGAUCGGAAGUAUAUUUACAAAAUAUACAUUACAUCAUAUGUCGCUGGAAUUUUCUGAUUGCAUUCAAUGUUUUUAACAUUGUCAUAAAAGUCUGCAUUAUUGUGUUUGGAAAUAUGUUAGAUAUAAAAGACAAACAAGAUUAUCAAAGUUUGUUUGCAGUUAUGGAAUAUGAUCAAUCAUUGCCGCAGACAGAAGCAGAUAAGCAAGCUGAAAGAAAUUAUAUUUACCAUUAUGGUCCGAACAGCAUGAUCUUUAAAAACACUCUGGUCUGGCAUGCAAUUAUUUUUGCUUUUGUUAUCUUUCAACACCGUAUAUUCCGUUCAUACUAUUUUUGUCAUAUAAUAAUGGAUACUCAAGCUAACACGGUUCUGGCGUCACGCUAUCAAUGUUCGGCGGACUGUGAGGGUCCAUUCUACAACAUUGGCUGCGCACUGAAUUGCGAGAUUGCCAAGCCGACAGCGCUACAAAGAGCGCAAUAG